GCAGUAUCAGCAGCAGAUAAGGAGCUCUGUGGAGGCGGAUGGCACAGGGCUGUCCUGGCAGGAGUGUUGCGAAAGUCUGCGGCUCUCGGCAGGAAUGCAGUGACAGGUCGAGACCUGAACUUCCGCAUUGAGCAGGAAGAAGCCAAUAGUCGGAGAGCCAGAUGCAAUCCACAUCAACACACCCAGAUCUGCCUGCUCAUGACAGUUAUUCUCAGUGUCGAGUGCUGUUAGAGACAAACAUCUGAGGGGGAACUCGUCUCCAUGACGCUUUUUUUAUUUUAAAAGCAGCUGGGAAAAUAAGACGAGGACCAAGACAUUUGGAAAGAUGGAUGAUAUCGAUGCCAUGUUCAGUGACCUGCUGGGGGAGAUGGACCUCCUCACUCAGAGUCUCGGGCAGGAAACGGUGCCUCCCGCACCUCUCCCCAACCCCAGAGAGGAAGUCAACUUCUCCAUCGGCUUCACUGACCUCAAUGAGUCUCUUAAUGAACUGGAGGACAACGACUUGGAUUUGCUCAUGGCCGACCUGGUGGCGGACCUCAGUGCAACGGAGGAGAAACUGGCAGCAGAGAUACAGAGUCUGAAGGCGCCGUCACCUCCUCCGCCCUCCGACCUGCCCCCCCCGCCUCAGGCCCUCGGCGUCCAUUCUGCCUCCACCAGUUCGUUACCACGAAGCAGCAGCGGUGAUGUCAGCAGCCCGGCCUCCUCCGCCGCCUCCCCUUUGCCACCUCCGCCCCCCCAGUCAGCAAAACCCACAAAGGAGGAACUAGAGGCCCAGAUAAAGGCGGAGAAAAUUAAACUUGCUCUUGAGAAGCUCAAGGAGGCCAAAGUGAAAAAGUUGGUGGUGAAGGUGCUAAUGAACGACGGCAGCUCCAAGACUCUGAUGGUGGACGAGAGGCAGAGUGUCAGGGAAGUUCUGGAGAACUUGUUUGAGAAGACUCACUGUGACUGCAACGUGGACUGGAGUCUGUGCGAGACCAACUACGAACUGCAACUUGAACGGACAUUUGAAGACCACGAGAACCUCGUGGAGCCGCUCUUGGCCUGGACCCGGGACAGCGAGAAUCAAGUUCUCUUUAAGGAGAAGGGAGAAAAAUUUGAGGUUUUCAAAAACCCGCAGGAAAAUUUCUGUGGGACUUCCACCAUCGUCCCAGAUCUGGAGGCCGUGCUGCAUCUCAAAGAGGAUGGCAAGAAAUCCUGGAAGCAGCGACUCUUCCAGCUCAGAGCUUCUGGAAUUUAUUACGUUCCCAAAGGGAAAACCAAGUCCUCCCGUGACCUCAUCUGCUUUGUCCAGUUUGACAACGUCAACGUCUACUACGGCGGAGACUUUAAGAGCAAAUACAAGGCCCCGACCGACUUCUGCUUUGUUCUGAAACAUCCUCAGAUCCAGAAAGACUCUCAGUACAUAAAGUAUCUUUGCUGCGACGAUGCUUUGACCAUGAACCUGUGGGUGACUGGAAUACGGAUCGCAAAGUACGGCGCCUUGCUGUAUGAAAACUUUAAGAUGGCAGAGAAGAGGGCUGCUGCCAGCUCUGUCUGGACCAACCGCAGCACCCCCUCCAGCUCCAGUGAGUCCACGCCCUCACCCACCAUCAAAGCUAAAACGCCAAACCAGGCUAACGGUCAUGCUCCAAAGCCCCAGCCGGGACCUGCUCUCCAGGACGUUGGCAGUCUCCCACCUCCACCUCCACCUUUACAGCAGGGCCUCCCGCCUCCGCCUCCCGACCCGCUCUUCCCUCCCCCGCCUCCUCCAGUGUCGGCCAAGAGCUCCCCGAAGCGGGCGGGCUCUCGGCGACACAUCCCCGGCAACCUCCCUCCGCCUCCGAUGGACGACCUCCCUCCCCCGCCGCCGGCCCCGCCCGCCGACGACUCGUCGGACGCCCCGCCGGACUUCCUCCCGCCUCCGCCUCUCCCCGCCGGCUUCGGCUCCCUGCCGCCACCUCCGCCUGUCAACUCUCUACCGCCGCCCCCUCCACCAGCGAGUUUCGGGGUCACCGACCUGCCUCCGCCUCCACCAGAUCCAGAGUUUCUACCACCGCCCCCACCUGAGCCGAUGUCAUCGGUGGGAGGUGGACCCCCUCCACCUCCGCCUCCCCCUCCACCUCCUAGCGCCACCCCACGGGCACCUGUGCAGCCAAAUAGGUCUGUGAGGAAGAGGCCUCCCGCCCCGCCAAAGAGGACUACACCUUCGCUGCAGGGAGGAGGUGGAGAAGGAGGAGGUGGGGACCUCAUGUCGGAGCUGAUGAUGGCCAUGCAGAAGAAGCGUAGCAAUAACUGA